ACAAACAAAAAAUAUCUUAAAUUUUAUAAGUUAACCAACACUACACAAACUUAUUUUGAUUCAUUAUGACCACCCUAUGCGCCUACACUUGAUUAAAUAUUUGCAACAAUUAGUAAUAACAAAGGUGCAAAAUAUACGUGUAAAUUGAACAAAAUUAAUUUAUAAUGGGAACCAAGGAACGUUCCGGCGUACUCGGCGAAGUGCUUAAACUAGAUGUGUUAUGGACAAAAAAAUUAGUAACAUUUGUAUUCCAAUAUAUACCAUUUACCAAAUUACGGCUACAUUGCAAAUGUUUGGAGAUAUCAUGCAACGGCAUUGCUUGGUUGGCUGGCUGGUUAGCAUUUAUUUGGAUAGCUGAUAGCAAAUCACUUUACCAAAUGCAGUUAAAUCUGCUAUUUGGACUAAUAUUAGAUAUUAUCAUAAUUGCGGUGUUGAAAGCAAUCUUUCGACGUCGGCGACCAGCAGUGUGUACAGAUAUGCUCACCUUGGGACCUGAUAAAUUUAGUUUUCCUUCAGGUCAUGCGUCCAGAUCGGCGUUUAUAUUCAUGUUUUUCACAAUGCUAAAUCCAGUUUCAGAAAUAUUAUGGAUGCCCAUAUUUUCGUGGACACUAAGUGUGUGUUUGUCAAGAGUUUUACUCAGCCGGCAUUAUAUAUUAGAUGUACUUGGCGGUAUGGGUGUUGGUAUUGUUGAAGCGCUUAUUGUUGGUCUACUGUGGAUUGGUGAAAAUGCUGCCUCAAACAUUAUUAAUUAUGUCACGAAUGAUUAUUUGCCCGGUGGAGAAGAAUAAAAAUUAUUUUUUUUUUUUUUGUAUUGUAUUAAAAAGUUGUAUAUUUGUUAAGCAAAACGUUAGCCAAAAUAAAAAUUGAUGUGACUCAUUAACAAACUAAGCAUAGGAGUAUGAAGUGUACUCUGUGCAAUGAGAUAAAAGACACGACAAUUUUGUGAUAAAUAUGCUAACACUUAAGAUUUUGUAUUGUAUUAAUAAAAAAAUAAAUGUUUUAAAACUA